UGGAGAGAUGUACUAGAGCACAUGGCAUCGUGGGAACUCGCUUGCUGGAAAUUUACUGUGCGUCAAAUGGCGUUGGAUCAACAGCAUAAAAUAUGGAAAACACAAUUUCUUGGUUUGUCGCAUCGUAAUCGCUUGUGCAGAGAUCGAUGUGUUGACAGGAAAAAAACAAGAAACCCCUUAAAAAUUUGCAAUUACUUCUGCGAAGUUGAGGCACUUGUCGAAAAUGUCUCAUGA